AUGACAACUGUUGUGCAUAAAUGUACCGUCUCCCAGUACUUAGGUAGUGGAAGUGAUCAAAUCGAUCUACACUUAACGUACAGACUUGGACACACAACGAUAGGAAAAAUAUUAAGAAAAGUUUGCAGUGCUCUUUGGGAUUGUUUACGAGAAGAGUCUUUUCCAGAAUUUACUGAAAAUCGUUGGAGAGAAAUUGCAGAGGGUUUUGAAAAAUACAGCCAGUUUCCUAAUUGUUUAGACGCAAAAUACAAUUUCAUUUACAUAGGUGAUGGGGCAUUUGGAAAAGAAUCGGACAGCACUGUAUUCGAAAGGAGCAAUUUGUAUGAACAACUUGAAAAUAAUGAGUUACAUAUUCCAAGGGGCAAACCUCUCCCAGGAACUGUAAGUCCAAAUAUGCCCUACAUGUUCGUUGGUGAUGAAGCGUUUUCACUAUCAAAAAAUAUAAUGAGACCUUACAGUGGUAAAUAUUUGUCGGACAAAAAAAGGAUUUUUAACUACAGUUUAUCUCGUGCUAGGAGGAAUGUCGAGUCUGCAUUUGGAAUACUUUCUAAUAAAUGGAAAAUAUUUCAUAAACCAAUAAAUGCAAAUUUGGAUUUAUCAAUACUUUUAGUGAAGACAUGCUGUGCUCUCCAUAAUUUUGUUAGGGCUAGGGAUGAGUUUAAACUAGUAAAUACUUUGUAUAUAGAAGGAUCCAUUGGACAACAAGACUUUUAA